AUGAACCCAUUCCGUCGCCGUAGACGCACGCAGUCUGAUGCAGGGCAGGAUCAGGAUGUCUAUGCGCAGAUGUAUGGGCAUCGCAUGCCAACUCCGGCUGACUAUGGGCCUCCCUUCGUCAUGCAUAGCCAGGUGCCUCCUCACGAGCGCAUAAGUCCUCGUGAGAUGAUGGACUUUCAAGAUACACGGCAACCCCCAGAGCCUCCACCUCACCACCAAGACCAACUUCAGCACCAGCCUCAUCGGUCUCAUCAUGUUCCUGCACGGCGCCAAUUGCCUGAAGAUCAGCGCCCUCAACGAGGUCCAGGCGCUACAGACUUGCAAAGGGCUGGUGCGAUUACUGGAAGGGCACAGCGACACGAGAGAGCGAGCAGUCGCGAUCGUGUGGUAUUCCCGCCUGAGAUGGCCUCAAUACCUUUCCCCACUGGUCCGACUCUGAGAGAGCGACGACCUGGGACUCCAGCUGCAAGAGCUCGGCCUCUCCAACAUCACGCUGCAGCAGCUCCUGAGCCAGGCCCCUCGCGCGGCCGCUUGUACCAAGAGCACCAGCCGCGGCACAAUACCCAAGCUCGUCGUGACGGGUCGGCGCCGCCUGAUUCAAAUCCCUCUCGCGGCCGUUUUCCUCUUCAGCAACGCCCACAUCAUACUCAAAGGCACCGUGAUUUGCCAGCGCCAUCGCCUUUGCCACAGCCCAUCCAGGCACCUGCACCGCGGCCGGCUGCUACUCCCGCCCCCUUACCCUUGCAAGCGCCAGACUUGCAGGGGGAACCCGAGCUAAGCAGCACGACUGACAGCGUCAGCCCAGCCCCUCCCGAGCCGCCACCUCCGCGCCACAAACGGUCGGUCUCUGCCCCUCACUAUAGCUAUGCUCAUGCAGGGAACACGCCGCCGUCGGUGCAGCAGCAGAUAUACCACAUCGCCACGCCUCGGCAGGACUAUACCUCGUCGCCGAGACGCGUGCGCGAUGACGAGGGACUGGUAUGGCUGGCUUUGCUGCUCGGGGAGAGGAAGCAAUCGACUUACCUCAAGCCACACAAAGGGCGACCUCCUACCCUUCGGACUGGCGCGAUUCGGGCCGACCUCUUGCGGGACGUGGUCGCAUUGUGCAAGAAGCUAAGUGGCCGGAUAGGCUACGCCUAUACGCCUCCUAGCAACGAUCGAGCGGGGCAAGACGAGGAAACAACGGCCACAUAUGCCCUCGCUAAAGAAUGUGCUAUUGAGCCCAUGAAUGAUCCGGACUUGUUUGAUAAAGCUUUUUAUUGUAUUGUAGCACUAGCCGUCGUGCGUUACCUCAACGCUCAACUGACUGAAUAUCAUUGGAACGCAUUCAAGUCGGCGGCUCCCCAGGCUAAAACGGAAAAUGCCAUAUUCUUCAUGCGCCUUGCCAUCGAAUGCUCACCCGCUGGCGAGCAUAUGAGCAUGGAUGGAAAUUUUGAGGAACUUCUUAUUAAAGGCAAGCUACCUACACUUGACUGCCCAUGA